AGUGAGAAAGUGGAUCUGUCUGUGUUGUUUUGAAAUUGAAACUUAAAAGGAAGUUGAGUUCUUGUUUAAUAUUUAAUAAUAUGUAGUAGUGUUCAGAAUUUUUUAUUGAGUAAAUGAUUAUAAUGUUAAUAUAGUCAAGUAUUAAAUACCCAUUUAUUAUAACAUCUUAUUAGUUUAUUUCAUUAUCAGUCUAUUAAUGGCAUCCUUUUUAAAUAUCAUAUUUGAUAUUUUGAAUAGUAUGCUACAAUUUUUCAGGUUAGGUAAGAAAUCUAUCAGUAAUUCUCUAAAUAUUUAUAUUAAAUCAAAUACCGGGAACACGCUGUCAAUAGAGCUUGAUCCAAAGUGGGAUAUAAAAAAUGUGAAAGAGGUCAUUGCUCCUAAACUUGGUUUACCUCCAAAUGAAGUAAAAAUCAUUUUUGCGGGGAAGGAGUUGGAUGAUUCAAUAACUAUAGAGGAAUGUGAUCUUGGCGAACAAAGCAUUCUGCAUGCGGUUCAAUCCAGAAGUAACUCGAAGCGAUCUCGGCCCCUUAGUGAAUCUGUAGCCAACCUUCAACUAAGCAAUAUUAGUGAAAACGAUGAUUCCAAUUCCACAAUUGAGGAACAACUCGAAUCGAGUGAGGAGAAGAACAGUAAAAACACUCAUUUCUAUGUCUACUGCAGCCAACCAUGUAAGAGUGUUAGCGUGGGUAAGCUGAGAGUGAGAUGUGCCAGCUGUCACAGUGGUGCAUUGACAGUGGACAGUGACCCAUCUUGCUGGGACGAUGUUUUGAAAGACAAUCGGAUCUCUGCUCAUUGUGAGGAGAACAGAUGUCAAACCGGACCAGUUUCUUGGGCCCAGUUUUAUUUCAAGUGUGCAGAGCACACCUCACAGGGCGAAAAAGAUGAAGCGGUUCCUCUAUAUUUAAUCAGGCCUAAUAUCAGCCAGGUUCCUUGUCUAGCCUGCACAGACAUCAGUGAUCCAGUGCUGGUGUUCUCGUGCGAAGAACGUCACGUGACCUGCCUGGACUGUUUUCGUCAGUACUGCGUGACUAGACUGCGUGAGCGACAGUUCGUCUCUGAUGACAGACUCGGCUACACUCUGCCUUGUCCUGCUGGCUGUGAGGACUCCUUGAUCGAAGAAUGCCACCAUUUUCGACUGCUCACUAGUGAACAGUAUCAAACGUACCAGAGGUUUGGAGCGGAAGAGUUUGUACUGAGGUCGGGUGGCGUUUUGUGUCCACAGCCGGGGUGCGGUGCUGGCAUCCUCAUUGACUCCGACUGCAAAAGAGUCCAGUGUGUGGGUGGUUGUGGUUUUGUAUUUUGCCGAGACUGUAUGCAGGGUUACCACUUGGGAGAUUGCUCAAGCAGACCUGAAGAAGCAGGUGCAUCCUCCCAGUCUUAUUCAGUCGAUCCAACUAGAGCUUCCCAGGCUCGUUGGGAUGAGGCAAGUAAAGUUGCGAUCAGAGUCACAACAAAACCUUGUCCAAAGUGUCGAACAGCUACUGAGCGUGAUGGUGGUUGCAUGCACAUGGUUUGUACAAGGUGUAAACUGCAAUGGUGCUGGGUUUGUCAAACAGAAUGGACACGUGAUUGUAUGGGCGCUCAUUGGUUCGGGUAAAUUUAUGAUCAAACUAAAGUCAUGAUUCGACUGAAGCCAAAGCUCAAUUUAUUUUUGAGAAUUCCCAAUUAAGUGUCUUCCAGUAAUAAGCAAUUAUUACUCCAUAUAGCUGUAAAGAUUCGAGAAGAUUUUUCUAAACCAGGGUUUCUUUGAAUAAAUUAUUAAAAUAAAAUGCAUUCUAUUUUCUCCAUCCUUAUCCUCAAAAUAAU